CGCUCAUUCACAACACAGUGGAUACUAUGGCGUGUGACCAGCAGCGCAGAACUGUGAGGCCUCCUGCACCCCGAGAUUACACAUGCCUGCAGACCAUGUACUGUGUUUAGCCCCAGGAAAUUGCGAUUUAUGGACCAUUUUGCUCAUCUAGAGGCUCUUGAAAUGAAACUGGAAAUCACCCGACUGUUACCAGGAAGACUUGCUGCUAUGUUCUACUUUUAUUUCUCUGGAGUAAACAGCUGGAUGAAACGAACCUUAAAAAUGCAUGACUAUUGACAAUACAGUAUCAGAUUCAAGAUUUGAAGGAUACAAAAAAAAAUCUAAUCUGCUACAGAGUAAAUAUUUUCCGUGAUGCUAAUAUACAGUAUAUAGCCCCCAAUAAUGCAAACUACAUGUAAGGUACAGUAAAACAAAAAAAAAGUCUGCCUGUCAAGAUGACCUCGGAUUAUGUGGCUGCUUCUGUUAUUUUACCCUCAGUAGAUGGAAAAGUGAUAUCUUCUCAGUCAAGUGGAGAUGAAAAUUCUAAGAAUACUUUGGAUAGUAGCGUUAUAAAAAGAUCCAGAACAGUCCAAGACCGAGAGAAUGUGAAGACUGCGGCCUCCAUAUCUAGGUUAAAAGGUCAUCACGGAGAGAAUUCUGCGAAGUCUUUUUUAAUAACAAGCCACGAAGAAACCCGAGAAAAUGUGACUGACGAAGAAGCUCUACAAGAGAAACCUGGCAUAUCAAAUGCUGUUGACUGCUUCAGCAUAAGCAGUAAAGCCUUAGAGAAGGCGUGCAAAGCCAACCUGGGUUUUAAUCAGUUUUGCAAGUCAUACGACCCUCUAAAAGGUAAAAAUGUCUGCCUAGAGCCUCCGCUUCCCGCAGUUCUUAAAGAAGUUAAUUUUAGAGUGGAUAGAUCACUGGUGGACAGGAGGGCGUUAGAGGGUCAGUUAAUAGUAAGUGAUCACUGCACAGAUGCCGUUAGCUGCAUUCCUCCGUUGCAUCGAUCGUAUACCGCUCAGAAGAGCGCUUUGUGUUCCACAAAUAACCCAUGUAUUUUGGGCAGCCAUUUGCAGACAAUGAAAAGAAAUUGCUUUGGCAGUUUUGUCUCCGGCUCCCGUCAUCUAAACAGUCGUUCUCAAAGCUGUGACAACAAUGAUGGACGCGUAACGGUCUGUACUAAAGGAGGUCAUCAUGUGAAUAAUCAAUCACGGUUGGACUCAGAAAAAGCGCCAGGGUUUCCAGGUGACUGCGCUCAUGGCCAGGAUUUACUCUGUGUAAUGUCCUCAAAUCCAUUAGAAAGUCAGGAGACCUGUGAAAGCUUCAUGGAUGAAAUAGAUAAUGAUUUGUCGAGGAGCAGAAAAGACCGCUCAACUCUGCUGGUCAGGAGGUUUUGUAAAAAUUAUAAGGAGGUGAAAAAGUCUGUAUAUACUGGAACAAGUGCGAUUGUGAAGUCUUUGCCUUCUGGCCACAUUGGGACUAGAGCUUGCUGCUUUGUUGAGAGAAAACAAGAAGGGACAAAUGACCUCAAGUGGCACUGGAUAGCUGCUCAAUGCCUGGCAUCUGUGCAAGGGUCAGCCGGAAGAAGAGAUCUGCUAUGCUACUUGGUGAGAAUGACCACGUGUGAGGUUUGCAGUGAAGGUCAUGGGGAAGAGGACCAUUUGGAUUUGUCUGUAUGCCUGCUCGAAAAACCAUUGAUCUCUGUCCUACAUGAAAAGCAAAAUGCUGGAUUUUAUGCAACUUUGCAAAGGACUUCCAUUUCUCAGUACAUAAGUGGUGCCUUGCUGGAAGCUACAGCAUUGUUGGGUGCGAGAAGUGGACCUUUGUUCAGUGGGACAACUGGAAGAACAAUACUGAAAGAACGCCAGCCUUGCUCCACAAUGGCAGCAUCAAAUUCCCAGACAGCGAGUGCAGUUGGACUGAGUAAAGAGUUGGUGGAUCUUCAACAUCUCAUUCAGUUCCCAGAAGAGAUUGCGAGCAUUCUUACUGAUCAAGAACAGGACAUUUAUCGGAAAGUGUUGCCUAUUGAUUACCUCUGCUUUUUAACAAAAGAUCUUGGAAGUCCCUUAUGUUUGACCAACUUUUCAGACAUUAAAACAUCUUUACCUGCAUCUCUAUUGGAGAUGAAGAAUGGAGAACAUAAGACUGUAGAAGGACUUGUGGCAAGAUUUAAUGAGGUCAGCUCAUGGGUGACCUGGCUGAUCCUUGCUGCGGGGUCCAUGGAGGAGAAACGGGAAGUGUUCUCCCAUUUGGUGCAUAUCGCAAAGUGUUGUUGGAAUAUGGGCAAUUACAACGCUGUGAUGGAGUUUCUGGCAGGACUCAGGUCAAGGAAAGUGUUGAAAAUGUGGCAGUUUAUGGAUCAAAGUGAUAUAGAAACGAUGAGAAGCUUGAAAGAUGCCAUGGCUCACCAUGAAUCUUCCUCAGAAUACAGAAAAGUCGUGAACAGAGCCUUAAAUAUCCCGGGUUGCAAGGUUGUUCCUUUCUGUGGAGUCUUUUUGAAAGAACUGUGUGAAGUUCUCGAUGGAGCCUCAAGUCUAAUAAAAUUGUGUCCUCGCUACAAUUCUCAGAAUGAAACACUGGAGUUUGUGUCUGACUACAAUGGGCAAGACAACUUUAUUCAGCGAGUAGGAAAAGAUGGCUUAAACAGUACCGAGAAAGAAUCUACCGUCAAUAAUAUCAUGCAGACCAUUCGUAGCUGCAACCGCAGCCUGGAAUCUGAAGAAGGUGAAGACAAUGGUAGCGAAAACGGCACCCUGAGAAAAAACUCUAUCAUGGAUAGAAGCCGAUUUCAAUUUAUAAUGGGAGACUUAUCAGAUUCUGAAACUGAUAUUUUCGAUCAGUCCAAGGAAUAUGAUUUGCAUGGUUCUGAGGAGCAGCAGAAAGCAUUUAGCCACGGUACGGAACUUAUUCCCUGGUACGUGUUAUCGAUUAGAGCCGACGUCUACCAAUUCCUUCAGCAAGGAGUCACUGUCAUCCGGUACGACCAGGAGACGCACAUUUCUGUUCGCUGCUUUCUCCAGCUUCAGCCAGAUAAUAGCACUCUGACUUGGACAAAACCUUCCACCACUUGCCUUGCAAGUAAUAAAAAUAAAUUGGGUGCCCCUGGUAGCGCUGCAGAGGUGAAAUUUCAGUUCCUUGCUAAUGCUGGAAUGAAUGGACUUGCAGAAGGCUUCUUGGACUUGUUCUCGGUGAAGGCUGUUUACAUGGGGCAUCCGGGCAUUGAUAUGCACACUGUGUGUGUUCAAAACAAACUAUGUAACAUGAACCUGGAAGAAAAUGGUGUCACGCUGCUUUUUGGACUUCACACUACUGAGAACAAGUUGUUGCAUUUUGUCGCUCCAAAAUACACAGCUAAGACUAUGUAUGAUGGACUGCUGGAGCUAACUAGGGCUGUAAGGAAGAUCAAGAACUUUCCCGAUCAGAGACUGCAGUGGCUGAGGAAGCAGUAUGUUAGUCUCUACCAGGAGGAUAACAGAUUUGAAGGACCAACGUUGGCACAAGCUAUUGAGCUGUUUGGAGGCAGACGCUGGAGCGCAAAGAACACAAGCACGGGAACACUAACUAAAAGCACUGAGAAACCCAACGUGCAGCGCAACAAUACUCUGGGGAUCAAUGCAGCCAAGAAGAAGAAGAAAGUACUUAUGCGGGGUGAAAGCGGGGAUGCUGCGGACGAUGAGAUGGCAACAAGGAAAAGUAAAAGCUGCAAAGAAAGUCGAAGCAGAAGUGGUUCAGAUCCACCGGAAACUGAUGAGCAGGAAGAGCAAGAUCAGAAUACCGUAGCCGCUUUUCACUCGUCUCACACUCUUCCGUCAAGAAGAGCUCACUCGGUGUCUGCUUCUGGAUCUCCGAAUUUAAACCCUGGGUCCACAACACCUAUACCUAUCAGGCCUGCAUCUUCACCCAUCUUGUCCAGCUCCAUCAAGCCCCCAUCCGCCACAUGGAGCAGUUCUAGUUGGCAUGGACGUGUCAAGGGUGGGAUGAAAGGCUUUCAAUCAUUUAUGGUUUCGGAUAGCAACAUGAAUUUCGUUGAGUUUGUAGAACUUUUCAAAUCCUUCAGUGUACGAAGCCGCAAAGACCUCAAAGACCUUUUUGAUAUCUAUGCCGUUGCUUGCAGCCGUUUGGGUUCAGAGCACAUUCCUCUUUACACUAAUUUGACAAUUGAUGAAAAUGUCUCUGGUGUUCAGCCAGAUUUAGAUUUAUUGACCAGAAACGUAUCAGACUUAGGUUUAUUCAUUCGGAGUAGGCAACAAUUGUCUGAAAAUCAGAGGCAAAUUUCUGAUGCAAUUGCUGCCGCCAGCAUCGUGACCAAUGGCACUGGAGUGGAAAGCACUUCCCUUGGAAUAUUUGCGAUGGGAAUACUGCAGUUUAAUGACUUCUUAGUCAAUUGCCAAGGUGAACACUACAGUUACGAUGAGGUCCUCAGCAUCAUUCAGAAAUUUGAGCCAAGCAUUAGCAUGCGGCAGCAAGGACUUAUGUCAUUUGAAGGGUUUGCAAGGUAUCUUAUGGAUAAAGACAACUUUGCCUCCAGAAAUGACGAGUCACAGAUAAAUGUAGAUGAUCUGCACUUUCCUCUGUCUUAUUACUUCAUUGAAUCUUCGCACAAUACAUACCUUACUGGUCAUCAGCUGAAAGGCGAAUCCUCUGUGGAGCUCUACAGUCAGGUUCUUUUACAAGGCUGCAGAAGUGUGGAAUUAGAUUGCUGGGAUGGAGAUGACGGCAUGCCUAUUAUUUAUCAUGGCCACACACUUACAACUAAAAUCCCCUUUAAGGAUGUUAUAGAGGCCAUUGAUCGUAACGCAUUCAUCAACUCUGAAAUGCCGAUUGUACUGUCCAUAGAGAAUCACUGCUCUCUACCGCAGCAGCGCAAGAUGGCGGACAUAUUCAAGACUGUAUUUGGAGAAAAGCUGGUGACCAAGUUCCUAUUUGAGAGCGAUUUUUCUGAUGACCCCAUGUUACCUUCUCCGUGGCAGCUCCGGAAAAAAGUGCUUUUGAAAAACAAGAAACUUAAAGCACAUCAUACGCCUGUAGAUAUUCUGAAACAGAAGGCACAUCAGCUUGCCAGCAUGCAGGCACAGGCAAGCAAUGGUAACCAAAUGAUGAAUACCAGCGCCAACAAUGAAGAGGAAGAGGAUGAUGAGGACGACUACGAUUAUGACUAUGAAUCCCUUUCGGAUGAUAAUAUACUCGAUGAUCGUCCUGAGAUGAAACUGUGCAGUGAUAAGCUGCAGUUUGAAUAUAAUGAGGAAGCUCCCAAGAGAAUCAAGAAAACAGAUGGCAGCAUUGUUGGCAAUAAAGGAAAGGUCUAUGACAUGGAACUAGAUGAAGAGUUUUAUCUCCCUCAAAACAAGAAGGAAAGUAGACAAAUUGCCCCAGAACUAUCAGACCUUAUCAUCUACUGCCAAGCUGUGAAAUUUCCUGGCCUUUCAACAUUAAACCCAAGUGGAUCUGGCAGAGGAAAGGACAGAAGAGUCAGGAAGUCCAUUUUUGGCAACAAUCCUGGUAGAACAAGCCCCGGGGAACCAACAACACUGGCCAAAACAUCUGGAAAAGGGACGGCUGAAACGCGGCAGAGCUGGGAGGAGCCAUGUUCACCUCCUUUCAACCCAAGCACUUCAUUAAGCGCCAUCAUUCGAACACCCAGGUGCUAUCACAUCUCGUCACUGAAUGAAAACGCUGCCAAGCGUCUGUGCAGGCGCUAUUCUCAAAAACUUAUUCAGCAUACUUCCUAUCAGCUACUAAGAACAUAUCCAGCGGCUACACGCAUUGACUCCUCCAAUCCUCAUCCGCUUAUUUUUUGGCUUCAUGGAGUACAAUUGGUUGCACUUAACUAUCAAACUGAUGACCUCCCCCUGCAGUUGAAUGCCGCCAUGUUUGAAGCCAACGGAGGGUGCGGCUAUGUAUUAAAGCCCCCAGUAUUAUGGGAUAAGGGCUGCCCCAUGCACCAGUCAUUCUCACCGCUCGAUCGCGAGAUAGAAGGCAUGGAACCAGCAAUAUACUCACUAUCCAUUGUCUCAGGACAGAAUGUCUGUCCAAGUAACAGUACAGGAAGUCCUUGCAUUGAGAUUGAUGUGCUGGGGAUGCCGGUGGACAGCUGUCACUUCAGAACUAAACCAAUCCAUCGCAAUACUUUAAACCCAAUGUGGAAUGAACAGUUUAUGUUUCGCGUCUACUUCGAAGACCUUGUAUUUCUCCGAUUUGCCGUGGUUGAAAACAACAGCUCUGCCGUGACUGCCCAAAGAAUUAUUCCUCUUAAAGUUCUGAAGAGAGGCUACAGACAUUUACAGCUUCGCAACUUGCAUAAUGAGUCUUUGGAGAUCUCCACCCUGUUCAUUAACAGCAGAAGGAUGGAAGAAAUCCCCAGUGGCAGUCUGCCAGCCUCUGUGGUUUUUAGUUCAGAAGAAAGGAGAGAAGCAUCAACAUUUAAAGUCACGGUGCAUGGGUUACCUGGUCCAGAGCCGUUCUCCGUAUUCUCUAUAGGUAGUGGGACAACUGCAAAGCAACUGCUAGAUCAAAUUCUGGCUACUAAAAACAGACCUGAAACAUGCAAGGACUAUUUCUUAUUGGAAGAAAAGUGUUUUAUAUCAAAAGACAAAAAUGAAUGCAGGAAACUUCCAUUUCAAAGGGUGCUGGGCCCAGAAGAAGACAUCCUGCAGAUCCUGAAUAGCUGGUUUCCAGAAGAAGGCUAUGUUGGAAGAAUUAUACUUAAAACUCAAGAAGAAAACCUAAAUGAUAAAAAUGUAUGUGUGGAGGAAAAGGAAGAAAAGGAGCCAGCGGUCACUCUAGAUGAUGAGAGCUUCUUUGUCCAGGUGCAUGAUGUGUCUCCAGAACAGCCGCGCACAGUUAUACGGGCUUUACGCUUCAGUACAGCACAGGAUGUUAUUCAGCAGGCCCUCAUCAAAGCCAAAUAUUCCUACACCAUUCUGAACAAUCCUAACCCAAGUGACUAUGUGCUUCUGGAGGAAGUGACAAAAGACUCCUCAACCAAGAAGUCGUCGACCACAAAAACAACCCAGAGGGUCCUUUCUGACCACGAGUGUGUAUUCCAGGCACAAAGCAAAUGGAAAGGAGCAGGGAAAUUCAUCCUUAAAUUAAAGGAGCAGGUCCAGGCAGCAAGAGAUGAUAAGAGAAAAGGCAUUUCUAUUGCUAGUGAACUGAAGAAACUAGCGAAAUCAAGCCGGCAGUCUCGGAACUUCACGCCGUCGCCUCAGAUCAUGUCACCAGAAGGUACCCAGAAUAGAGAUGAAAAACCUGCAUGCAGUUUGUCCUUCAAUGACAUCAGUGAAUAGCAGCUAGAUUUGUGUGCGUCCUGUUCCAUGCAGGGUUCUGUUCAUGCUGUGACGUAGUGAGAAGAAAAGCAGAAGAAAUGGCUUCAGCAGGGGACAGACAAGCUGGAGGACAUCUAUCCUACUGUAGGAGAUUAACUGCACCUUGGUACCUUCAGUUCCUGAAAAAU